AGUUUUCCUACUGUUUCGGUGUGCGAUAAGUGUGUGCCGAUAAGAACGCGUUCUCCCUUCUCUGUGUGUUAACAAAUCUACCGCAAACCGCUGAUUAAUCACGCAGCAAUAAAAGAAAUCAAAUCUCCUCUCUCCGACCAGAAAAUGCGGGCGUCCGCUGAUUGUGCUGCCUGCUGCCGGAAUCAUUCCCUGUCCCAGCUGCUAGAGUGACCGGAGGGUAGAGUGUUUUUUCUCACCCUCACCACCACCUCAAAAAAACCUCUGCGGUGGUGAAGCGGUGGAGGUCGUUUUCCCACCCACCGUGUGGAGUUUUAUUCCUUCCCCGGGCAGUAAUGCCAUCUGGUACGAAUUAAUUGCUCGUGUGCAUCGUGAGACAUCGUGCAACGCAACAGCGAGCAAACCCAAGACCCGUGAAUUGCGCACCGAGCUGCGAGGCUCAUCCCCCGCGCGGGCCCCGCGAAGGAGAGGAUGAAUGUAGAACUGCGCGACUUCGAGAUUAGUGACUCGGAAACCGAACUGCUCAUCGAACCAGCGACUGCCCGGGCCAACCGACUGAACGGCCGUUCGUUUCGCAACCGUCGCCAGGAAUCGUUCAAGCUGGGGUCCUUCCUGAAGAAACUGUGCUGGUGAGUAGCAAAGCCUACGCGAUAAGGCGAAGUUGUUGUUGUUGGUGGUGGUGGUGGUUGUGGUAUCAAGAAAAAAACAGUUCACAAAAAGCGGAAAGGAAUGUUCCUAAAGAAAAAAAACGUUGGAAUGCAUUCGGUCAGUGUGGCUAGCAUUCUUUUCCAUUCUUUUCCAUUCCCCCUGAUAUUUUCCGCACUUGUUUCAUCAGAUGAUGCGACAGUAGCAACAGCAACAACAAAAAAACAGCAAAAUCAAAACAUUCUUGUAAACAACACCGUUUCCUUUCUUCAUCUGUCAAAACGGCGCAGCGUGCCGGUGUGUGCGUGUCAUCAUCACACAGCACGCACACAGUCGCGAUCUGGUCGCGAAAAAAGCAAAACAGUCAACAAAAAGAUAGACAGUUGUUCUUCUUUUUUUUCUCUCUCUUUCCUCCAAACCGAGGGAAACGUCAUCCACGGAGUAUCGCAUUUCUGCUACACUGCUGCUGAUUGCGUUUCGCGAAAAUUCGUCAAGCAAAAACCCCCGACACCGACUGUUGUUGUGUUCCUGUCCCCGUUUCCCAUUGACCCGCACUGUGGAUGUGUGGAUGGUAGUGUAAGAAAAGGGGUGAAAAGUGAAACAAUCCCUCGGCAUCGCUGCCGUGACUCUUUAUUACGACCGCACAACUCCCCCCCACACACUCCACGGAUAGGACAAUAAACGGCCACCAAAAUUCAUGAGCUACAGGUAAUCCGGGACGCGAUGGAGGACGCCCCACCGCACGGUCACAUUCCAUCCGCACCGGUCACGAAGGAAACGAUACCGCUCAUCGAGAAGGCACCGAAGACGCGUUGGUUCAGCUGCUGGUGCUGGGCCUGGCGAAAAUGGUGCGCCUCGAAGGAGCUGAAGCCCCGCACGAUCUACAUCGGGCGGCCGCUAACGGAAAAGUUCCCGCCGAACGAGAUCCGCAAUCAGAAGUACAACUUCUUCACCUUUCUGCCGCUGGUGCUGUUCGAGCAGUUCCGGUUCUUUCUCAACCUGUACUUCCUCAUCAUGGCGGUCAGCCAGUUCAUACCGGAGAUCCGGAUCGGCUACCUGUACACCUACUGGGGUCCGCUCGGGUUCGUGCUGGCGGUGACGAUCUGCCGCGAGGCGGUCGACGAUCUGCGCCGGCACAAGCGCGAUCGGGAGGUUAAUUCGCAAAAGUACAAGCGGUUUGUGAGUGCGGACAAACCACCGGAAUCGGUAUCGUCGUCGAAGCUGCGCGUUGGCGAUAUCAUUAUGGUGGAAAAGGAUGAGCGAGUGCCGGCCGAUUUGAUACUGCUGCGUACGAGCGACAAAAGUGGGGCCGUUUUCGUGCGUACCGACAUGCUGGACGGGGAGACGGACUGGAAGCUGCGGUUGGCCGUACCGGCAACACAGAAGCUGGCGUCGCAUGGGGAGCUGCUGACGGUGAAUGCUUCGCUAUACGUGGAGAAGCCGCAGCGAGACAUUCACACGUUCAUCGGGACUUACUCGAAGCACGGAGGAACGGAAGAUGAAGGUUUGAAUGUGGAAAAUACGCUGUGGGCAAACACUGUCGUCGCUUCCGGCACGGCCGUCGGGAUCGUUAUUUACACCGGCAGCGAAACGCGCAGCGUCAUGAACAACUCCCAGCCCCGCUCGAAGGUCGGUCUGCUCGAUCUGGAAAUUAACAAUCUCACCAAGGUGCUGUUCUGUGCCGUGAUCGGGCUGUCGUUUGCGAUGAUGUGCCUGAAGGGCUUCAACGGCCCCUGGUACCGGUACAUGUUCCGGUUUGUGCUGCUGUUUUCGUACAUCAUCCCGAUCAGCCUGCGGGUGAACCUCGACAUGGGCAAAGCCUUUUACUCGUGGCAGAUACAGAACGACGACGAAAUUAAAGGUACGGUUGUGCGCUCCACCACCAUCCCGGAGGAGCUCGGCCGCAUGUCGUACCUGCUGACGGAUAAAACGGGCACGCUGACGCAAAAUGAGAUGAUAUUUAAGAAAAUCCACGUCGGUACGGCCGCUUACGGGCGCGACACGUUCCCCAUGGUAUCGGCCGCCAUACAGUCGGUGUAUGGGACGCUUUCCGCACCGGCUGAUGCUUCACCGGAAGACCACGGAUCGGAGUAUCAACCCCGGCUGCGCAAACCGGACGGUUGGCGCAUCUGGGAGUCGGUGAAAGCGCUCGCCCUCUGUCACAACGUGACGCCCGUGUACGAAAGCAACAACGGCAACGGUGGAAGCGGCUCCAUAUCGUCCACGUCCGACCGGCGCCAGUCACCGGCGCGUUCCAUCUCCGUCGAAAGCCAGGCGGGGGAACCGUCGACCAGCAAGCCAGCGACGACGGAGAAAACCUACCAAGCGUCCAGCCCGGACGAGAUCGCGCUGGUCAAGUGGACGGAAUCGGUCGGGCUGACGCUGGUGCAGCGCGACCUCAACCACAUGACGCUGCAGAUCCGCGACGCAACGCACGAGGCGCGCGGCACCAGCAUGAACGAGAACGCUUCCAUCAACACGACCGUAACGAACCUGUCGGUAAACUCGAAAACCGACCUCAACUCACCCUCGAGCGGGGGCAGUGUAACGUCGCUAAACUCCAUCAUUGCCGCCGGUGCACCGGGGCUGAUGAAGUACCAAAUAUUGCAAACGUUCCCCUUCACGAGCGAAAACAAGCGCAUGGGCAUCAUCGUGCGCGAGCUGAACGGGGGAGAGAUCACCUUCUACCUGAAGGGGGCCGACGUUGUGAUGUCCGGCAUCGUGCAGUACAACGACUGGCUGGCGGAGGAAAGCGGGAAUAUGGCACGCGAAGGCCUGCGGACGCUUGUGGUCGCGAAGAAGGUGCUGUCGGAGGAGCAGUACAAUGACUUUGUGAUGCGUUACAAUGCGGCCAAAGUAAGCGUAACGGACCGGGUGGCGAAGGUGGCCGCCGUCAUCGAGAGUCUCGAGCGGGAGAUGGAGCUGCUCUGUCUGACCGGGGUUGAGGAUCGGCUGCAGGAUCGGGUACGGCCGACGCUUGAGCUGCUGCGCAAUGCUGGCAUCAAGAUUUGGAUGCUGACCGGCGAUAAGCUCGAAACGGCCACCUGUAUCGCGAAGUCGUCGCACCUGGUCGGACGCAACCAAAGCAUACACGUGCUGAAGAGUGUGCUGACCCGCACCGAUGCCCAUCUGGAGCUGAACCAGUUCCGCCGGAAGCAGGACUGUGCGCUGGUCGUGUCGGGCGAAAGUCUCGAGGUGUGCCUGCAGUACUAUCAGCCCGAGUUUAUGGAGCUGGCGACGGCCUGUCCGGCGGUGGUGUGCUGUCGCUGCAGCCCCACCCAGAAAGCGCAGGUCGUCUCGCUGAUUCAAAAGUACUCGAAAAAGCGCACCUGUGCAGUGGGCGACGGUGGCAACGAUGUGAGCAUGAUCCAGCAAGCCGACGCCGGCAUUGGCAUUGAGGGGCGCGAAGGAAAGCAAGCGUCGCUGGCGGGCGACUUUAGUAUACCGCAGUUCUCGCACAUUGCACGGUUGCUGAUCGUGCACGGGCGACGAUCGUACAAGCGGUCGGCCGCACUGUCCCAGUUCGUCAUCCACCGGGGGCUGAUCAUCUCCACCAUGCAGGCCGUCUUUUCGGCCGUCUUCUAUCUGUCGUCGGUGGCACUGUACCAGGGCUUUCUGAUGGUGGGGUACGCGACGCUCUACACGAUGUUUCCGGUGUUUUCGCUCGUGCUCGAUCAGGACAUUAGUGCGAACAUUGCGAUCACGUACCCGGAGCUGUACAAGGAGCUGUCGAAGGGGCGCAGCCUGAGCUACAAAACCUUCUUCAUGUGGGUGCUGAUCAGUAUCUAUCAAGGCGGUGUGAUCAUGUACGGUGCGCUGAUUCUGUUCGAGGACGAAUUUAUUCAUAUCGUGGCAAUCAGCUUCUCGGCCCUCAUUCUAACGGAGCUGAUAAUGGUUGCGCUAACCAUCCGCACGUGGCACAAAUUGAUGGUCAUAGCAGAACUGUUCAGUCUUGUGCUUUACAUAGUCUCUCUUGCCGUGUUGCAUGAAUAUUUCGACUGGGAGUUCAUCUGGUCGUGGGAUUUCCUGUGGAAAGUGCUGGUCAUCACGCUCGUCUCCUGUCUUCCGCUGUACAUUCUAAAAUUCCUGCGCAAAAAGUUCUCACCACCGUCGUACUCGAAGCUCUCGUAAACUGUGUGUGUGUGUCUGUCUGUGUCUGCGGCGUACGGUGCGUCACGUUGUUUUUGGUUUUAUUUAUUUAUUUCCUACCUUUUCUGUCAAACAGUCUCGCGCUCGUUGGCGUUUUGGCGGCUCGGCUGGGAGCGCAAAACUUUAAAUCACUUCCUUUUACAUAUUAUAAAACGCAUAUACACUGCAUUAGUAAUUAGUUCACCGCAAGCUUAGUUAAUACUACUAGUGUAUCCCGUUUGAUGACCGUGUUUUGCCUCAAAGUAUUAAACGAAACGGUUUUAGCACGGUUUAAGCUCGAGAUCGGAGAGCCAAUUGUAUGCUUAGGGGGGGUUUCCACUUUAAAACCAAUGCGCACUGUAUUGUUAUGUAUACAUAUAUUUACUUUGAACGUGAUAUUUUCUCCCCCCACUUCAAGCACAGGUCCAGGUGUAUGUGUUCUAACCUGUUGGUUUUAUCUAUCCCUUUUGCUGCACUGGCUGUUGAAGCAAACCGCGAGUGAGAAACAGUGUGCGCAGUGUGUGUUUUUGUGUGAUGAGUUGAGGAAGAAAGGAAAUAUUAUUUAAAAACACACACACAUUAUACAGUCGUCAGUUGUGAUCCAUGCAGAGAGAAGUAGAUCAGCAACAGCAGUGCGCAUAAUAACAAGAGCAAACAUAAAAUUUGUUAAAACAACAAAAAACACGGUGUCUAAAAGAAUAUCAACGCCUUCGGCAGUCGAACGUUAGUUACAGGUUCGCAGAUGAACAGUUUUUUAAAAAUGAUAUAAAACCGUAAACCAUAUUUGAACGUUCAUUUUUACUAAAGAGAAGAAGAAACAAAAGGAAGUAACAUCAUUAAAACAAUUAAUACGAAUAUACACGCACACCCAAAUCAAACUACACGCAAACCCCACGCAGCAUUAAACAAAGAGAAAAAAGGACAAGUCAAUAGGAGGAAGGACCUUACCGCAAAACAAUGAACCAACCACUAUCCUAUACUACCAAGCCCCGAGGGCUUGCGACAAACAAGAGUCGAACUGUUUCACUCCAAUCGAACGCGGAGGCAGAGAAGAAAUCAUAAGCAGGCAAAAUAAAUGAACUAACUAAAGUAAAUUAAUUAA